AUGGUAGCAAUCGAGCUGUUCCAUUAUCAUCCUUCGUUUAUUCUUGCUCUUGUAGCUCUUGGUUUGUUUUCUGCUUCGACGGUGGUUUGUUUGUUACAGAUGAUGCGAGGUAGGACUUCGUUUUUUCUACCGUUUCUUUUAGGCUGUGCAGUUGAGGCUGCUGGAUAUGCUUGUCGUGCUAUAUCAGCUUCUGAAUCACCAGACUGGAGUUUCGUUCCUCAUGCGAUUCAGACUUUUGCGUUUCUUUUGGGUCCGAGUUUGCUUACUGCUAGUAUCUAUAUGAUUCUGAGCAAAAUCAUUAUUGCUCUAGAUGCGGAUAUCUAUUCACUCGUUCCGGUUAAAUUCAUACCCAAGGUCUUUAUCUUUGGCGAUGUAAUCUCUCUGGCAGCCCAGUUCACAGGCGCUGGUUUCUUAAUUAAUGCCACUUCAGUCAGUCAGCAGAGAACAGCCCAACUUAUCAUCAUUGGUGGUAUGGCUUUUCAGAUCUACUUCUUUGGCUUUUUCACAUCCGUCUUGCAUAUUGUGCACAGCCGCAUUAUCGACAAUCCAACUCGUCAGAGCACCAAUCUUACCAUACCUUGGAAACGCUGGAUUAUCGUUCUUUACAUAGCUUGUGGACUUGUAAUCGCUCGAUCAGUCUACCGAGUAAUUGAGUAUGCCACUGGUCCUCUUGGUAUCCUUCAAGCUACAGAAAUCUACUUUUACGUCUUUGACGCAGGAUUCAUCUUCGUCGUUACACUUCUUCUCAACAUAUUUCACCCAAGACAGUUAGCUACAACUUCAACAGAUGAUCUGAGAGACAUUGAAACUGUCAUCGUCACUCCUUCUAAACCACCUUCUCGAUAUCAGCCGCCUCGGACACCACCGAAAUACCUGCAGCCACCGCCAUAUCUCCCUUCUUAUGCGAAUCUCAGGAAUCGCGGGUCUUACUACCAUUAUCCUCAGUCUCCUUACAGAACUCAGUCUUAUAUACAGUAUCCACCUCCUCUGCACUACUACCAGCAGAGAAGACCACCAACACUGGCCCACCAUCGUCCACGGACUAGCAGAACUUACAAGAGCUUCAAUACUUCUUUGAGCUCUGCAUCUAGUGUUGUCAGUAUAUACAAUCCUCAAACUGGCCAGUAUGAGCCGUUUAGACGGUAG